CAGCCCCGCGGCCCCGGCCAAAGGCUGGGACUUUACUCCCGCGGCGGAGAACCAGCCCGUGCUCCAUCAGCUCCGCAACCGCCGCGCCCCGAGCCCGAGCCACUAUGAGCGGCAGAGUCGGCGAUCUGAGCCCCAGGCAGAAGGAGGCACUGGCCAAGUUUCGGGAGAAUGUCCAGGAUGUGCUGCCCACCCUGCCGAAUCCAGAUGACUAUUUUCUCCUGCGCUGGCUCCGAGCAAGAAACUUCGACCUGCAGAAGUCCGAGGCCAUGCUCAGAAAGCAUGUGGAGUUCCGAAAGCAAAAGGACAUUGACCACAUCACAAGCUGGCAGCCUCCAGAGGUGGUCCAACAUUAUCUGUCAGGGGGCAUGUGUGGCUAUGACCUGGACGGCUGCCCCAUCUGGUACGACAUCAUUGGACCUCUGGAUGCCAAGGGUCUACUCCUCUCAGCCACCAAACAGGACUUGCUCAAGACCAAGAUGCGGGACUGUGAGCGGCUCCUGCAGGAGUGUGCCCGCCAGACCGAAAAGAUGGGGAAGAAGGUGGAGACCGUCACCCUGAUUUAUGACUGCGAGGGGCUUGGCCUCAAGCAUCUCUGGAAGCCAGCAGUGGAGGCCUAUGGGGAGUUUCUCUGUAUGUUUGAGGAGAACUAUCCUGAAACGCUGAAGCGUCUUUUUGUUGUUAAAGCCCCCAAGCUGUUUCCUGUGGCCUACAACCUCAUCAAACCCUUCCUGAGUGAGGACACACGCAAGAAGAUCAUGGUCCUGGGGGCAAACUGGAAGGAGGUUUUACUGAAAUAUGUCAGCCCUGAUCAGCUGCCUGUGGAGUAUGGGGGCACCAUGACCGAUCCCGAUGGAAACCCCAAGUGCAAAUCCAAGAUCAACUAUGGGGGUGACAUUCCCAAGAAGUAUUACGUGCGAGAUCAGGUGAAACAGCAGUAUGAGCACAGUGUGCAGAUUUCUCGUGGCUCCUCACACCAAGUGGAGUAUGAGAUCCUCUUUCCUGGCUGUGUCCUCAGGUGGCAGUUCAUGUCAGACGGUUCGGACAUUGGGUUCGGGAUUUUCCUGAAGACCAAGGUGGGGGAGCGGCAGCGGGCAGGGGAGAUGACAGAGGUGCUUUCCAACCAGAGGUACAAUGCCCACCUGGUUCCUGAGGAUGGGACCCUCACCUGCAGUGAUCCUGGCAUCUAUGUCCUGCGGUUUGACAACACCUACAGCUUCAUUCAUGCCAAGAAGGUCAGUUUCACUGUGGAGGUCCUGCUUCCAGACAAAGCCUCAGAAGAGAAGAUGAAACAACUGGGGGCAGUCACCCCAAAGUAAUGCCUCUCCUCACAGCAGACCUGGCUCCCUCAGUGUCUCCCUGUCAGUUUCUGUCCCUGUAGCCAUCAUUUUCCCAGUACCCAGAUGCCCAGAAAAAGCUGGGCUACAAGAAAGACCUUGGGCUGAAUUUGGGGAACUUUCAUUUCAGAAUUAGGAAGCGAGAGAGCAGCAGGAGAGGGUCUCCGUGCCUCUCAAAUUACUAAGAGUCCCCUGGGGCUGGGCACCAUGAUAGGAUCUACCAUCCUAUAAGCCGUGCCAACUUCACCUGUCCAGUGACAGCUGAGACAGGAAGGGAGGGGAAGAUGGGGGUGGCAGCACGGAAGAAACUAGAAAAAGGGAGAGAGAGAGAUUGAGACCUAACACUUCAGGGAAGCCGGCUGUAGGGGAGGAACUUGCUCCCAAAUGAAAAUGUUAAGUCUAGAUCCUAAUGAGGAGUAGCAAGGUAGCAGAUUGCUAGAGUCAUGGUGGUGGGGGUCAAGGGCUCUUGUAAACUUCCUAUCUCUGAGGCUAGGACCUCUUGGCGUUUCCCACCAGGUCUCAGGAGAUGGCCUGACUCAGCAUAGAUCUUCCCACUCAGGGGUAGACAGGGAAGCCACCUUGAGACCUCUGCAACUCUUGGGACCCACUGGCUAUCUCUUUAAUUACUGUCAGUGACUCAGCUUCUCAGGACAGACAUUUGGUACCCAGCCACUGUCCUUCAACGCAAACAAAGCACAGGGAAACCACCUCCAGGGAUCCCAGCUCCGGGGAGGGCCAGGGGGGCUGAGGGUGGGAGUGAAUGCCGAGGCUUCCACCCCCGCCCCGUCUCAGGGCCGCCAGCCUCUCAUCAAGUAACUCUGCAUUUGAGCAUCCCACACAAAAAUGACAAGUGACAUCAAGACAGCAGAUCUCGGUGAAGGCCUUCCCCAGUCUGGGUCUCCCACGGUGCCGGCCAGCCCGCUUCCUGACUGACCUCAGCAAGGCUUUGGCGGUCCCAUCUCUGGGGGAGGCGUCCGGCGGGUGCUUUGGGUUCCUGGGGUCUGGCGGGGAGGCUGCCGGGGCAGGGGGCCAAAGGCCGGCCUGGCAUCUGGGGGCAGCCACAGAGCGCCCGGAAGGCCCCCGGCCCCUCCGGCCAGCGACAAGCAGGGCUGGCCCGGGAGGCGCUCAGCGACCGGGGACCGGAGGGCACGGACCCUGCGGGGAGCCACCGCACGCACCGCCACGCCACGCCCCGCAAACGGACACGGGAAGGCGGCGCCGCCCGGGCCGCGGGAGAGCCAGGCGCGGGCCCCGCGUGCGGAGACGCUCGGGCGAAGCUGAGGGAGGAGCAAGGGGCGGGGCUGGCGCCGAGCGGAGCCGCCUGAGGGUGCGCGGGCGCCGGCCCGGCCGCUUACGAGGGGUCGUCCCGACCUUGGUUUACUACGCUCUGUUAGGAAAAUUAACCAAUGAAUAAAGAAGCAACGUUCAGCGCACGGGGAAUGGAAGUCAAUGCCCACCACCUAGCUCCUCACUGCCCCUCAGAGUGACAGAACUUGUGCCUCAGUAGCCUCACCCAGCCGCCAAUAAGUGGGGUCCACGCGCAGAAGCCACCCGCUAUUCCCCUAUGGCGCGCGCUUUCCCAGGGGACCCAACGACCAGCUUGCUUCCCGAUUGGCCCAGCCGAAGGACCGCCUUCCGCCAUCUUUGUUAAGGGCACCAAGGGGGCUGCUAACAACCUUCAAGGUUUGGGCGGAGGCCCCGCCCCACUCGGUUUCACCGUGCGCCCUGGAAGUUUCCUGCGCAGGGACGAGUGCGGGUCUGGGGAGUGCGCGGAGCCCGCGGGGGGCACAGAGGGGGAGGGGAGCGGCCGAGCGACGCUUACGUGGUGCUAGGGACCGUCUCCUAAUUCCCCGCCAGCGCUACCGGUGUUUCCGGGAUUAGAGAUCGCCAUUUGGCCGAGUCCCAGCUUCCUGCAAGGUCACCACGGCUGAUCCGGCUGCCCUACACAACCAUAAAAUGACAAGAGACGCCGAGGACUAAAAAGGAGGCUAUGCCAAUGAGGUGGGAGAGGCAUUCCGUUCCCUGGUGCCAGCAGCUGUGGUGUGGCUGAGCUAUGGUGUGUCCAGCUCCUACGUGCUGGCCGAUGCCAUUGAC